CAUUUCACAGCUUCAGGAGAGAGAAAUCAGUAAAGCUAGCAGAAGCUGGACGUCUCUCUCUUCACCGAGGUUCACUUCCAUCCCCUCCUUAUAUAUAUAUAUAUAUAUAUAUAUAUAUAUAUACACAUCACACUUUUAAGAAUCGAAAUCAAGGGCUCGAUAUAGUUGGAUUCAAAUCUUUACCAAACAGAAGUGGAGCUCUUCAAGAAUCCCCUGAUUCCACUGUUUUCUGUUACUAUCCGACUAUUUUCCUCCAUUUUCCGGGAAAGUUACAGAGAAUGAAGUGGAGCUCUUCACAGAUGCUGGUCCUCUCAUGCGUAAUGUCUUUUUGAUUGACUCUCGAUCUUCGUUAAAGCUAGUGGUAUUGUUUCAUUUCUUAGCAAUAUUUAUAUUGAUAAAUUUCUUCUCAAUUCGUCGAUUUUUCUAAGCAUAUAUACUAAUUGAGACUGGUUUGAGAUCCUGGGAGAGAUAUGGCUGGUUUUUCAAGCACUAGAGUUGCACAUUUUGUGAAUUUGCAAAAGGCAAUUUUUUCAAGUGAGGUUCGGAGUCAGAAAUUGAUGAUUGUAAAGCUUGAAGUUAUGGAUAAUGUGAGAAAAAGUAGACAUUUUUCAUGUAACAAGAAGAAACAGAGUCUUGUGGUCAUGAACAUGUCGAAUCCAGAGGUUGAGCCGCAAUCUGCUGUUGUUGUUACCACGGUGUCGGAAGAAGCUGGUGCUACUUCUGUAGGAAAGGAUGCUAGGGUUUUGGAAACUAAAUAUGUAUCAAAAGGUGAUAGUCAAAGUGGUGGUGGGACAUUCAAUGGUAAUGGUGGUAAUGGAAAAUUUCUAGGUGGUGGUGGUGGUGGUGGAGGUGGUGGUGAUGAAGGUGAUGACGGGGAAGAAGACGAGUUUGGGCCAAUAAUGAAGUUUGAGGAGGUGAUUAGAGAGACAGAGGCUCGAGGGGCGAGUCUUCCUUCUGAUAUGUUAGAGGCAGCCAAGAGUGUGGGAAUCCGAAAAUUGCUGCUUCUGAGAUAUUUGGAUUUGCAGGGGUCGGCGUGGCCUCUUGGUUUUGCAAUGAGGUCAUGCUCUAUGCUUCGGAACCGGAUGUUGGCUGAUCCAUCUUUUCUUUUCAAAGUUGGAACGGAGAUAGUUAUUGAUUCUUGCUGUGCAACAUUUGCGGAAGUUCAAAAGAGGGGCAAAGACUUCUGGGCUGAAUUUGAGUUGUAUGCUGCAGAUCUUUUGGUUGGGGUGGUUGUUAAUGUUGCAUUAGUUGGUAUGUUAGCACCCUAUGCUCGUAUCGGACAACUAUCUGCCUCUAAAGGGUUCCUUGGGCGUUUGCAACAUGCUUAUGGUGCUCUUCCUAGCAGCGUAUUUGAAGCUGAAAGGCCAGGAUGCAGAUUUACCAUAAAUCAGAGGGUUGCAACUUAUUUUUACAAGGGUCUUCUGUAUGGAUUAGUUGGGUUCGGAUGUGGUCUUAUUGGUCAAGGCAUUGCAAAUUUAAUAAUGACUGCCAAGCGGAGCAUAAAGAAAUCAGAAGAGGACAUACCUGUUCCACCUCUUGUGAAGAGUGCAGCUCUUUGGGGAGUUUUCCUUGCAGUUUCUUCCAAUACCCGAUAUCAGGUCGUAAACGGACUGGAACGCCUGGUAGAAGCAUCUCCUUUGGCAAAGCAGGUUCCACCCGUAGCAAUGGCUUUUACAGUUGGUGUGCGCUUUGCCAACAAUAUCUAUGGUGGGAUGCAAUUUGUGGACUGGGCGAGGUGGAGUGGUGUGCAAUGAUUUUGGUGAGGUUUCUCUCUCUUCCGAUUGUUCAAUUGAAGAUGAAACAAAUAGUUUUUGGUGAAUCAUAUUCGUAACAUUAGCAUGAUGUGGAGAUCUAUAACUGUUUCUGCAAAGUUAUUAAGGCGACCGGCCGUUUUGCAGUUGUAUUUUUAGGGGUGAAAUUUCAUUUCGCAGACAAUAAUUCUGGAAAGACAAUGACAUCAGCUGAUAUAUUAAUAUUCUAAGCCGAACUUUUACUA